CAUGGCUUCGCAUUUCAGCGGGGUGUUGCAGUUGACUGACCUGGAUGAUUUUAUAACUCCGUCUCAGGAAUGUGUGAAACCAGUGAAAGUGGAGAAGAAACAGGGGAGGUCCGUGGCCAAAAUACAAAUAGAAGAUGACGGAAGUUACUUUCAGGUUAAUCAGGAUGGACGCAUGCAGAAGCUGGAGAAGGCAAAGAUAACUCUGAAUGACUGCCUGGCCUGCAGUGGCUGCAUCACCUCUGCUGAAAGCGUCCUUAUCACACAGCAAAGCCAUGAGGAGCUCUACAGAGUGCUUCAUCACAACAAGCAGAGCAGCAGCGCUGAGCAGAAGGUGGUAGUGGUGUCUGUGUCCCCACAGUCCAGAGCCUCUCUGGCUGCACGCUUUGGUCUGAGUUCUAGUGAGACUGGCAGGAGACUCACAUCCUUCUUCAAAAACCUUGGUGUUCAUCAUGUGUUUGACACCAGCUUCAGUCGAACCUUCAGCCUGCUGGAAAGCCAGAGGGAAUUUAUAGAACGAUUCAGUCGGAAAGAAGAAGACAAAAAGGCUUUGCCAAUGCUGGCAUCUGCCUGCCCAGGUUGGAUCUGCUAUGCUGAAAAGACACACGGUGACUUCAUCCUUCCCUACAUUAGUACCACCCGCUCACCACAGCAGAUGAUGGGCUCCUUAGUGAAGGGCUACUUUGCCAGUCAGGAGGGUCUGCCGCCUCAGAGGAUCUAUCACGUGACUGUGAUGCCAUGCUAUGAUAAGAAGCUAGAGGCUUCAAGGUCGGAUUUUUAUCUCACGGAGGCUGAAACUAGGGAGGUUGAUUGUGUUAUCACCUCAGGAGAAGUUCUUAAGAUGUUGGAGGAGGAAGGUGUGUCUCUGAGGGACGUAGAUCCAGCACCUUUAGACAAAAUGUUCAGCAGUGUGUGUGGAGAUGAAUUGCUAGGUCAUGCAGGAAGUGGCUCUGGAGGCUAUCUGCACCAUGUCUACAAACACGCAGCCAAACAGCUCUUUGGAGUUGAGGUGGAGGAAAUCACCUACAAAACACUCAAGAAUAAGGACUUCCAGGAGGUUACCUUAGAGAAGGACGGUACUGUUCUGCUCCGUUUUGCUGCCACGUAUGGCUUCCGUAACAUCCAGAACCUGGUGCAGAAGCUGAAGAGGGGCAAAUCUCCCUACCACUUUGUUGAAGUGAUGGCAUGCCCAUCAGGAUGUCUUAAUGGUGGAGGGCAGCUGAAGCCAUUGCCUGAUCAGUCCAAUAAAGAAUUACUGCAGCAGGUGGAGGAGCUUUACAGGGAGGAGCGUUUGUCGGUACCUGAGGACGACACACGGGUGGCUGAGCUGUACCACACCUGGUUAGAGAGUGUGGGAGAGGAGCGUGCUCGAGAGCUCCUGCACACGCAAUACCACGCCGUGGAGAAGAUGACCAACGGACUCACCAUUAAGUGGUGAAGAGAGAGUAGCCGGGCAGGCUCCUGUCCUUAUCAAAUGCACUAGCAGUCAGACUUGAAUGUGUAUCAUGUGAGAGAGAGAGAAGUGUUGGGGCAUCCACAGUUUCAUAUCCAGGCUUCUGUACUUGAAUUAUUAUAAGCGCACAACAUGUAUAUGACACCUGACAUACUGCACGUCAUACUCAACUUAGCACUGGAGCUGUGCUGCUUCAAUAAGAUAUAGUGCCAAGUACCACAGAGAACUUCCUUAUGUCAAUGGCCUUAUGCAAUCUAUUUUGGGUUUAGGGUUCUCAUUUACAACCUAUAAUUACUUUUAUUUGAAGAUAUCCCUGUUUGGGAUUUGGAUUUAACAUGCAUUUUUAUUCCUGUUACCAUAAAGAAACUCGCGAAGAAGAAAAAUAAGAAUAAGAAACAUAUUCUGCAAAUAAAGGAGUUAUUUGCAGAACCACUGAUUCUUUUUUUUUUGACAGAGAUGAUCCAUAUCUCCAGAGCCAUGAUUAAUGCAGGUUUAAACUUCUUCGAUUAAGAAUCACAGGCAUAAUUUAUUAGGUGAAGCUAAGAAUAUGUGUAUUACAUAAUAAUUUCGUGCAAAUAGAUUGUUAAUUUUCAGCACCCUGUAUUUAUUUAGUGGAACCAGUUGUGUGUUACUCUGUGGUAUAUACCUGGAGAAAAAGUGAAUUCUGUAUUCUGUACCACAUAUUCACCUUGUGAUAACACAUACAAGUAAAUACAUUUAUGUAUACAAAUGUGUAUGUAAUCAUUC